UCAUUUUAAGGGAACAAGGACCACGAACUUGCCUUAAGUUAAAGAUUUGUGUUUUAACAGGUGCUGAUGUCAUCUCCGUACAAUUUAGUUGUAAUCUAUCAGCAGAGGAGCUGAGUCUGAAACGAUAGUGGAGGAACCAUGAGCAGAUUUUUGUUUAGCAUUCGCUCAUCUUUUCACGCAUAUUUUGGGUCAGAAAGCUAAAGUUGAAUCGUUUAAAAAGUGAAAGUCAACAUGUUGGGUGAUGACAGGGCAGUCUACGCUGCGAAGAAAAGAAAGAAACCGGCCCAGAAAAUGGUGAAGCCGUCGGUCGUGGAGAGUCCCGCGAAGACAAACCCGUCCAAGCGUCACCGCGACCGUCUCAACGGGGAGCUGGAGCGCCUGACUAGCCUCCUGCCCUUCUCCCAGGAGGUCAAAGGUCGUCUGGACAAACUCUCCAUCCUCAGGCUCAGUGUGGGAUAUCUGAAGGUCAAGAGAUACUUUAAUGCGACCUUACAGAAGAGUGCUUGGACGGCCCCCUCUCUCUCCAGCAUCGAUGGAGUCAGCUUCUCAGAGAGUGACCUUUUGCUCCAGGCUCUAAACGGGUUUGUCUUGGUAGUAACAACCGAUGGCGGGAUCUUUUACACAUCUUCCACCAUCCAGGAUUACCUGGGCUUCCAUCAGUCUGAUGUCGCCCACCAGAGUGUGUAUGACCUCAUCCAUGUGGACGACCGGGACAUGUUCAGAUGCCAGCUCCAUUUCUUCUUCAACCCCAACCAGGCCUUCCCAGCAGGGGCCGGCCGUCCGGACGCCAGCGGGAGCUUCCUGCCGCGACACAUCCCUCCGGAGAACUCCUCCUUCCUGGAGCGCACCUUCUGCUGCCGCUUCCGCUGUCUCCACGACAACUCGUCAGGGUUCCUGCCUCUGAACUUCGAGGGGCGUUUGAAGUAUGUGGAUGUUGGGGGUCAGAUGAGGGAUGGUGGGACCGCCAGCCAGCCCCAGUUGGCCCUCUUUGCCAUCGCCACCCCCCUGUUGCCCCCCUCGGUCAUGGAGAUCCGCACCAAGACCAUAGUCUUCCAGACCAAACACAAGAUGGACUUUGCCCCCACGAGCAUAGACACCAGAGGGAGGGUGGUCCUGGGUUAUUCGGAAGUCGAGCUGGUGACUAGAGGCUCUGGUUAUGAGUUCAUCCACGCUGCCGAUAUGAUGUACUGUGCCGACAUCCACCUCAAGAUGAUCAAGACGGGAGAGAGCGGCCUGACGGUCUUCAGGCUGCUGUCCAAGCCCGGCGUGUGGAUCUGGGUCCAGGCCCACGCCAGGGUGGUCUUCAAAGACGGUAAACCGGACUUCAUCGUGGUCCGAGAGAAAGUCCUCACGAACGAGGAGGGGGAAGAACACCUUCGUCGGAGGAGGCUGCAGCAGCCCUUUAACUUCGCCACGGGAGAGGCGCUCCUGUACGAGUCCUGUUCCUCCCUGGAGACCCCCUCCCUCCCCGCUCCCUCCGGCUCCAGCCCUCCAGCCCCCACACAAGCCCCCGGGGAGACGUCCCAUGACCCUGGCUCUCUGCUCGGUUCCCUCCUGAAACAGGACCGUUCUGUUUACACCCAGUCGCAGGAGUCCCGGCCGUCGGACCCGGACCCAGCCUGGGAUCCACACCUCUCCCUGGAGCGAGCCUUCACGGACAGCUAUGCCCUCCUCAGUGUACCUGGGGAGCUCCAGGACCCCCAGAGGGCAAGGCCCGGGGGCCUCGCAGCCCUGGCCAUGUUGGACUCCCUGGGGGAGAUCCUGGGGGAGAUGGGGGACGGAGGGAGGCUGGAGGGCCUGGAUGUGCAGGAGACUGAGCUGAGGGACUGGGAGAGCGCCCUCCUCAGGAUAAAGGUGGAAAAGGAGGAGUUUUCCAGAGAGCGGAGCGACAUGCUAGCCAACGAUGUUUUCUCCUAUGUGGAGGAAGCUCUUAGGAAAGAGAAUAACAAUCGUGACUGUUCGCGCUGUUUAGAACAGAGGGGUGUUGAGCCAAUCAGUGCUUUCUGCGCACUCCUCCCCUCCAAUCAGAGCUUUGUGGGUGGGUCAUUAUUCCACUCCCAGAGUUCUGUGUUACCUGGCAACCAGGGCAUCAAUGGGCCUACUGAGGUGUGCUAUGAGAGUGAGGAACGUGUCAUCACUGGCAUGAACACUAAUCACAGCAGCUUUGGAGAGCAGGGCUUUCUGGGAAAUGUAGUUCCUAGUCAACUAAAAAGACAGCACAGUGCUGUUCACUCUCUUUAAGGAUACACUGCCAAAGGCAGGUCCCCAAGUAGCAUUGGAUAUGCCCACGGCAACCAGGUUCCAUGACAACCAUCCAACACUAUCCCGUAAUAGCAGUCAGUCGCUGUCUGAAUCUGUGGGCCAGUCAUAGAUUGAUAAGCUUGAAAAUAAUGUAUUUUACUUCACUUAAGUCAGAAAAUUCAUUGUUUUUACUAGAAACGAGCCCAACUCGAUUUAAAAUCUAAAAACAAGGUUUUAACUCUCGGUAAGAUGGCCACGUUGUGCAGUGUGCUCUGAAUAAAGAGAUGGACUGGAUGAGCUUCUCUUCACUCACCUGCUGACAGCCACCUCAGCCAGAGGGUGGGGCAUGAGCCAUCCCUCAAAGACACUGGCUGGACUGGGGACUAACAAAGUUUGUGACUAAGAAGUGUCGGUUAUUUUGUUGAUCCAGGAGUUUUACUAAUUGAUUCAAUCCUCAGCCAUGGCUGAUCUAAAGGUCAACUGAAAAAAAAAGUACUUUAUACUAUGAUGUGAAUUAUAUUAGACGUAGAUGGCUAAGAUAUGACCAUGUAUUAAAUUAUUUUAAACU